AUGAUGAAUGCAGAUGAGCGGGACUUUAGGCGCAUGCUAUCAAGUGCUGCUGCUACUGCUGCUACUGCUGCUACUGCUGCUACUGCUGCUACUGCUGCUACUGCUGCUACUGCUGCUACUGCUGCUACUGCUGCUACUGCUGCUACUGCUGCUACUGCUGCUACUGCUGCUAC